UGACCAGUUGUCGACGCCACAAUUCAUUUGUCUUUCUCAACCUAAACCCUUUAUCUUCCUCUAAUUAUAACUUACCUUCACCACCUGCCUGUUUCUCCAAGAAAAAAAAAAAAAACCCUUCUAGUUUCCUUUUUUCUUCUUUGAAUCUACCUGCAGCUUGGCAAGGAGAUUGACAAUUGAAGAGAACAUGGUUCAAGUCAAGGAAUUUCGAAUUGUCAUGCCUAUGUCUUUAGAAGAGUAUCGGGUAGCUCAAACAUUCAUGGUAUUGAAGAUGCAACAGCAAAGUACAAAUGAGGCUGAAGGUGUUGAAGUAUUGGAGAAUAAAGGUUUUGAAGAUGAUGUAUAUGGAAAAGGUCAAUAUACUUCUAAACUCUACCGUUUGCAAAGCAAAGCACCUUCUUGGCUUACAACUUUAGCACCGAAAGAUGCCCUCAUCAUGCAAGAAGAAUCUUGGAAUGCAUAUCCAAGAUGUAAAACAGUGAUCAAGUGCCCAUACUUUGCCAAGCUUAGCGUCACAAUUGAGACUAUCCAUCUCGAAGACAAUGGGAAAUCCGAAAAUGUGCAUGGAUUAAAUAAAGAACAAUUGGCAGCUAGACAGGUAGAAUUCAUUGAUAUCACUAUGCCUACAACAGAUUACUGGAGUUAUGCAGUUGGAAAUGGCAAUUUUGACUUCUCCACAUUCAAAUCCGAAAAAACUGGUCGUGGUCCACUUUUGGAAGGAUGGCAGGAAAAUUGCAAUCCAGUAAUGACGGCGUAUAAGUUGGUUACAAUAAAGGCACCAUAUUGGGGUUUUGGUGGUAAACUUGAACAAGCUUUGCUAGCGGGUGAAAGAGCUCUCUUCGUGGAAAGUCACCGGAAUUGUUUUGGUUGGAUUGAUGAGUGGUAUGGUAUGACAGUGGAACAAUUGAGUGAACUUGAAGAACAAGGAGAUUGCUUACUAAAUCAGAAAAUUAGCAAGCCACUUUUGCUGACAGACACUGAAGAUCAUGAGUCAAAGUUCACCGAUAAUAGCAAAACACAUCUACAGCAAGGGGUAAAGACAUGAUUCUGAAGCAAAUUACAGUGUUUCUUUGUUGAGCGAUACACAAAGGAUUGAAGAGCAAACAUAUACAAAAACCCCAAACCGAAGUUUCAAAUAUUGUAAUAGGGAUAAACAUUGAAUUGUCGUUCUUUACAUUUUCCCAAGAGUUUUUCAUUAGGUUUCAACAGAAUUUAUUUCAUGGGUAGUUAUUUUAUCCCUUGUUAGUAGAGAAAAAAAUCUUCACAAGUGAAUUUAAAAUAAUACCAAAUAUUUUUUUAAUUAUUUUUUUGUUAUACACUAAGAACAAAUGACAACUCACCCAUUUGUGAAGGUUUUUUUACUUUACUAAUUAAUAAUGUAUAGGCUAAUAAUUCGUCUUUGAUUCGUAA